UUCUGAAGAUGUUGCUUCUAAUAAUUUACGAUUCACUCCUUCGUCUGCUAACUUAUCGGAUAAUUUUAUGGAUGAGCCACAUCCGGCUUCCAGAAGAGGUUUGUCAGGUGACAGAAAUGAUACUAGAGUAGAGUGUACUGUUAAUUUAUUUUCUCCAAGAAAUCAUAAUUAUACUGAUGGUUUCGACACUAGAGUUUCUGACAGAAGGAGUGCAGCUCGCGAGCCUGCUGAAAGGAACAUCAGUAUUAGCAGAACCCUGAGUGUUGGUAGACUUCGUGAUAGGGUUGUUCGAAGAUCAUCAUUUCCCGAUGUUUGUUCCUUUCAAGGGGAAACGGAAACCAGACAUGCUAGUGAGAAUAGUGUGAGACAGAAUUUAGGUGGUGAAUUAAGUUCGGUAGCAUCCGAAGGGAAUGACUUAAUUCUAUCAAAUACUUCUGGCCUUGCAUCUGGUGCCUCUACCUCUUACGGGAGCCAAUAUUAUGCAAUUGAGAGCCCUAGAGGAAGAGAAACAAGAUAUAAUGAUCUGCCGGAUCAUAGGUCAAAUUGGCUAGAGCGGCGAAGAAGAAUAAGAUCUCAGGUCUAUGCCCUUCAACGACUGGGAAGGCGCUUUGAGAACCACUCUGGACAGGAGAGGUCCUGUGUUUUGUCUGGUCAGCAUCGAACAGGUCACUGUACAUGUCGUAUCAAUACCGAAGGAGCUAACUUAGAUAGUGGCAGUAAUGCCAGGGCAAGCAUUUCAAGAAUUGUUAUGUUGGCAGAAGCUUUAUUCGAGGUUCUGGAUGAAAUUCAUCAGCAAUCAGUUGUGUUAUCAUCCCAGCCUUCUGUAUCCUCAAUCGGAUCUGUUCCAGCACCCAAUGAAGUUGUUGAAUCCCUACCUGUCAAAUCAUACAACAAAAUCCGUGGGAGUUCCAAUGACGAAGUUGCACAAUGUUACAUUUGUCUGGUUGAGUACGACGAAGGAGAUAUUUUACGAACACUGCCUUGCCAUCAUGAAUUUCACCGGACUUGUGUUGACAAAUGGCUCAAAGAAAUUCAUAGGGUAUGCCCAUUAUGUAGAGGUGAUAUCUGCCAAUCUCACUCAAACCAAGGAAAUGUUUGAUGUUGCUUUCCUGGAUAUCGUCUCUUGUAUUACGAAUCCCCUUGAUAGUGUUACAAGAAGAGUUGGCACCAGGACUUUAACUUCAUAUGUCCUGGAACCUCUCUUCGAUACACUCCAGUAUGGUUUGAGAGUUUGGUCCUGUUUCAAUGCAGUUGUCCAUCUCUUUUGUUGUAAUUGUCUACCUUUACAAUAUCCAUUUGUGAUAGAAACUCAUACUUCCUCAGUAAAGAUGGAUCAACUACUUGUGCCAUACCAAAUGAUCUGGGGAGAGUUUCCAAAUGGGUUUCGUUGAAGAAACGAGAUGCAGAUUUUUCAAUUAAUAUGCUGGUGGUUUCUAUGGGAAACCAAAUUCAUGACUGUA